AUGACCUUGGGCGGCCCUCGAGAUUCCAAGUUCAUGCGCGGAGUUUCUACACUGCAGCCCAACUUGCACCCUAAAGCGGGUCGCUUGAUGAACCGAUUAACAGUUUCAAUAAGCUUAUUCAAGCUUCCACCAGUUUUCUGCAUGAUGCUCAUUUCAUUCGUGGCGCCUGCAGACCAUCUCUCCCUCCCCUCCCCAGUUCUCUCAUUCAGUCAUCGAAGACUUGGAGCACGCACCCCCAGCUUCGAAGGCCAGCGCGCAUCGCCCGCGUGCGCUUUCAGCACGACAGCGAUGACGCAGAAUAUCAAACAGGGACCCAAUUAUUGCGAAAUACAGCAACGGGUCGCGGUGCGUGUCCCUUGGGGUGCCUACCCAUCGCGGACAUUGAACCCCAAAGAAAACAUUGAUGAUCGCGAAGCAGGGCAGGAGUGUGCUAAUAUGCCGCACGAUGAGGCGCCAAGUGGCGAAGACGUUGGGCGGGGAAGUUCCCCGGCUCAGCCACAGGAGCUAGAUUGGACAGAAUUCCAGAAUUCAUGCGCACGCUCUAGGCAUAUUUCGCUCAGUGAUCAGGCCUAG